AAGAUGUUCUUUAGCACGUCACUUGUCUGUUUGACACUGCUCCACUGGAAGCUGGAUUCCAGAGAGAGUUGCAGAGAACUCUUGAUAUCCUAAGAUGGGACGAGCGCUCGUCAAUAAUCCCGCGGUGGGCAUAAUUCAAUGUGAUAAACCAUCGCUCUUAUGCGAGUUUUUUAACACUGGAAAGUAUUGGUUUUUGCUGGAUAUCCUACCUCUUACGUUACAAGAUUUGAAUCGACUUUUCUACUUGACUGAUUUUGCCAUGCUUGUCUUGGGAAACCAUCAUUUCAAGCUGUAGCUUGUAGCUAAGAGCAAAAGGAUAUUUUGUCAUUUGUAAAUAUACUGUAUUUAGAUGUUCGAUUCACUAAUCGCAUAUAGAAAUUUAAUUAUUUUGGAGCAAGAAUUGCAAGCCUCGUCAAAAUGUUUAGGGCCUUGGUUGUGUCCAGUGAGAUGCUUCAAGUAGAUGACGAAUUUCUACUUUGGGACUUUAUUUAAAUUUGGAAACAAGCCCGUUCAACGCGAUCCUUUUAAUGUCGAGGGGCGUCUGUUCUUGUUUAAGUGUAGAUAGAUUAAAGUGGACAAUUUUCAAUUUUUUAUUUAAUUUGGUUAGUAUCGAUUAAUUAAAGAAUUUUUGUGGAGACUUGUAGAUUUUGUUGUUGGUUUCAACCUUAUAUUCAUUUUACGAAUAUUUUUGGGUUUGUAAUUGUGUCAUACUGCUUAAUGUUUCUUUAGAGUUUCUUUUACACUAAGAUAAAAACUGUUGAUCCAUGAAGAAAAUUAGUACACCCCAUUUAUAUGUUUAUUUAUUUAUUUUGCAAAUAAAUUAUUUCCUUGAAAGUGGACAUAAACUACAAAACAUUACGCAACUAUGCUAUGUCAAUGAAUAUCUUUUUAAGAAUUGCAGGUAAUGAGCCUGAAUUGCCCUUUUCACCGACCUCCGUGCUCGUUUAAGGGUUUUUUUGCUGUUUUUGGCUUCUGUCAAGUGGGUAUCUUGAAACAGCUCACUGCUUAAGAGCUACAAUCAUCGUUUUAAAUGACCAAGCUACGUAUCCAACAGAUCCAACACGGUACAUGCGGUUUUUGUUUAGCCCCAAUUAAUAUUAAGACAAGUUAAGAUAUCCAACGCCUGCUGGCCUUAAAAAGUUCACCUUUUAUAUUGUUUAAGGAUCUAUUCGUCAGUUUUCUCGGAAGCUGUUGUUUGGCGUAUUCGAAAACAUUUCAUUUUGUGACCUGUGAAGAUGAUUCAAGUUAGCUAUUCUCCGAAGGGAAUGCAAUUUUCGUUAAAGGGAGAACGUCUGAAAGGUUAUUCUGUUUAGCUGCCGCAUAACUAUUUUACGACUCGGAUAAAGUUACUCUUGAAAUUGAAUAUUUCUGAAGGACAAAAGGUUAGCUUCGCUAUGCAAUCUUUGUGUUUAAUCUUUAUGUAGCACUUUCUGACAAAUGAUGAAUCAAUUGAAAUAAAAUGGGGGGAUCCACUGGGGGAAUUCCAUCUGUAAGAAGUUUCUCAUUCUGAUAUCGAGGUUGUUUCAUCACGAGGUUAGAAAUACGUAUUCUUGAAUUAUCAACAGGCCUAAAAACUAUCAGCUGUUCGAAAGGAAGUUUUAAAAAUGUCUGAGGUUGAAACGCUGAGAAAAAGGGUAAAGGAACUUGAAGAACAACUGGCAAGUUGCAAUGCUACCUCAGUAUUUAGGAAUAAGAUUGAGAAGAUGAGUGCUGAGGUUGUUGAUUCAAAUCCAUACAGUCGGCUCAUGGCACUGAAACGAAUGGGGAUUGUCUCUGAUUACGAACGAAUUCGUGAUUAUACCGUGGCUGUAGUGGGUGUUGGAGGUGUUGGUAGUGUUACUGCUGAGAUGCUUACUCGAUGUGGCAUUGGAAAGCUCAUACUUUUUGAUUAUGACAAAGUUGAACUUGCAAACAUGAACCGACUUUUUUUUAGGCCAGAACACUCGGGGAUGAGCAAAGUAGAGGCAGCAGAGAGAACACUCAAGGAGAUAAACCCUGAUGUUGAAUUUGAAGUUUUUAAUUACAACAUUACAACAGUAGAUAAUUUUGACCAUUUUAUUGCCAAAGUUAAAACAGGUGGACUACAGGGACAGGCUGUCGAUUUGGUACUCAGUUGUGUUGAUAACUACGAAGCAAGAAUGGCCGUGAACACUGCAUGUAAUGAGCUGGGUCAAAGCUGGAUAGAAAGUGGAGUGAGUGAAAAUGCAGUAUCUGGUCACAUUCAGUUCAUUGUCCCAGGCGAAACAGCAUGUUUUGCAUGUGCUCCACCCCUGGUUGUUGCAUCAAACAUUGAUGAAAAGACCUUAAAGCGAGAUGGAGUUUGUGCUGCCUCACUUCCAACUACAAUGGGUGUUGUUGCUGGGUUUUUGGUCCAAAAUACAUUAAAGUAUUUGCUUAAUUUUGGAACUGUUACAUUCUACUUGGGUUACAAUGCAAUGCAAGAUUUUUUUCCUCAGAUGACCAUGAGACCAAAUCCACAAUGUGAGGACAGAAAUUGUCUAAAGAAGCAAAAUGAAUACAACAUAAAACUUGCAGAGAUGAAAAAGAAUGGUGAUAAUUUGAAAGCUAGUACUGACGAGCCAGAGGUUGUCCAUGAAGAUAAUUCCUGGGGUAUUUGCUUAGUUGAUGAGUCAGCAGAUGUGGAAGAAGCACCAAUGCCAAAGCUUACAGAGGGGAUAUCAUAUGCAUACACUGUACCUGAUGUUGUUGAAAAUAAAGAUGAAUCCACUGGGAUCUCUGACACUAAUGAAUCUUUAGAUGACCUAAUGAAUCAGUUGAAAGUAAUUUAGAUCAGAACCUCCUCGCAUACAUCAUUAAUUAUAUUUUAAAAUGUUUUUCCUUCAAGGUUUUCCCUUAAAAAACCAUUCCAUAACUGACUUUACAAGUAGCUAAUUCUUUAAAAAGUUCUUCCUGACCAAAUUCUUUCAAGAGGCUGUCUUAAAUGUUGUUGAAUCACUCUCAGGAAGCUAACAUUCAGAAUAUUUGUCUCAACCCUUUUCCAAGUAGAUUUCUGCCAGUUCUGUAAUACUUUCUAACAUAUUCAUAUUUUAGAUAAAAGAUUUAGGCAUCUAGAUACACUUUAAGUCAAAGAAAACAUACAAUGAUAAGUGGUUUCUGUGUUAAUUAGAUAUUUAUAGGGUUUAUUUAUGCAUAUUUAUCAAUCUAAAUUGAUGCGCUGAAAUAAUCAUUAAAUGGACCCAAAAAUCAAAUAUAUAAAAUUAUUUUAAUUUUCUUGUGUGAUCAAACUGUGCCUUUUCAAAGUUAUCCAAAAAUAAGAUUAAUAUCUUGUAUAGACAAAAACCUUAAUCUUUAAAGACAAAAAUCUGCCAUGUGCUUUGUGUUUAAAGGAAUCUUUCUCAUAUAAAGCUGCUUUUGUUUUCAUCUUUCAAUAC